AUGAACGAUCGACAGCAAAAGGGGUCCGAAGACGAGGAUACAGAGGCGCUCCUCUCAGACUCUGAGAAGGAUUGGGAACGGCAGCGCGUCAGUAAGCCAGGAUGGCUAACUGCUGUGACCUUUAUAAUCACCGUCUCCUUCGCACUGAUCGGCGGAAUAUUUCUUGGGCGAUAUAUGCUCUUUGACAAGGAUUCUGUGUGCACAGCGCAUGUAUCACAAAACACACCACUGCUCAAUCAAAUUGAUCUUUCGUACAAUGUCAUCAGAUUUGAUGGAUCGUUUCUCAAAGAGAAUAUUUAUCGCCAGCAAGGCAGGCCAGACGUGGACGAGGCUUGGGAAGCGCUUGGAGUAAAUUAUCGAUCGGUGGUUAUACCGGAGAAUCAAGCAGAGCAAGCCGGCUUCGGUCAUGAUCAAGUCAAGAUCAACCCCAUACAUGGAGGAGGAUUCCCAGCCAAUGUAGAAGGCCUCCAUCAUCUCCAUUGCCUGAACUUGCUUCGUCAGGCGCUAUGGUAUAAUUUUGAUUACUACCAUGCACUUGGAAAGGGGGCAUUCAAGAACGACGAUCGAAUUUUGCAACUGCACGUUUCACAUUGUUUGGACAUCCUUCGGCAGCAGUUGAUGUGUAAACCCGACCUAGGGUUUCUGGGUCAAGUAUGGCAGAACCAGAGCUUCCCUUCGGCAUUUGUCGACUUCAAUACUCAACAUAAAUGUCGGAAUUACGAGUCAUUGCGGCAGUGGGCAGAAGCUCGACAACUGCCAGAAGAUGUUCCCGAUGACUUUUUGCAGCCCCCAGAGAAGGAUGACAUGAUUUAUGCCGAAAUUCCAUGA